UUCCCCAAGCCAGGAUUUUUGAUUCCCAAGCUUUGUCCAGAUUGAGGAAGAGGCUGUGAGGAAGAGGAAGAUGCCCCGGGACACCCAGGCAGACAAGGAGCUGAGGAUGGAGACCAGGGAGGAAAAAUCCCUGCAGCAGAACCUUGUGGAAGAGGCUGAUUUGCGCAGUUCCACAGUGCAGGAAUCCAAUGGGGAAGAAAAGCCCCGGAGAUCCCGCAGGAGGAGAAGCUCCAAACCCAUCCCAGGGUGCUCUGAGGAGGAAAGACUCACCCUGUGCUGGGAAGGUGGCUGGAGAUCCAGCCGGGGCUCUGAGCUGGUGGUCCAUGAGCAGCUUCACAAAGGGCAGAAACACUACAAGUGCUUGGAGUGUGGGAAGAGCUUCCGCCACAGCAACAGCCUGAUCCAGCAUCAGAUGAUUCACACUGGGGAAUGGCCCUACGAGUGUGGGAAAUGUGGGAAGGGCUUCAGCUUCAACUCCAAACUCAUCAUCCACCAACGCAUCCACACUGGGGAGAGGCCCUACGAGUGUUCUGAGUGUGAGAAGAGGUUUCAGACCAGCUACACUCUCCUCCAGCACCAGUGGAUUCAUACAGAGGAGAGGCCCUUCCGCUGCCCUGACUGUGGGGAGGGCUUCAAUCACAACUCCAACCUCAAUAGGCACCGGCGCAUCCACACUGGAGAGAGGCCUUUCGAGUGUGUGGAAUGUGGGAAGAGCUUCAGAAACAGCUCCUACCUGACCAUCCACCAGAGGACCCACACUGGGGAACAGCCCUAUGAGUGUGGGGAAUGUGGGAUGACCUUCAGCCAGAGGUCCCAACUGACCAUUCACCAGAUGAUCCACGCUGGGGAGAGGCCCUACGAAUGUCUCCAGUGUGGGAAGAGGUUUCAUACCAGUUCCAGUCUCCUCAGGCACCAGCGGAUUCACACAGAGGAGAGGCCCUUCCGCUGCCCCAACUGCAGCAAGGGCUUCAAGCACAACUCCACCCUCGUCACCCACAGGCGCAUCCACACUGGGGAGAGGCUCUACAAGUGUCCCCAGUGUGGGAAGAGAUUCACCCAGAGCUCUCACUUGACCAAACACCAACAGAGGCACCAGUAAGGGAAGCACUGCGAGUGCCCCAAGUGCAGGAAGAGCUUUGUGUGCUGCCCCAACUCCAUCCCCCAUCAGAGGACCCACGUUGGGCAAAGCCCUGAUGACCCACGUUCCCAGUGAUCUGUGUUGGGAACACACUGGGCUGGUGGUCAUUUUAGUUUGGUUUCAAUUAUCUUUUGGUUCAUCUUCAUCCUUGUAAAACAGACAAAAUUGGGGUAAAAAUCAACAAAUUCAUCAAAAGCAUCUUAAGCCUCACUUUUUACUAGUGUUUCAAGGGAAUCUGGGAUUUAGGGAGAAACUUGGGAGUUGUGGCGGUAUUUGGUGUAGUUGUCUCCAUUUCUUGGCAUUCAAAGGGAUGAGAGGGUUUUAUCUGCCACCUCUAAACCACUCCAAAAUUAUACAAUUCCACAGCCUCUAAGGGUGUGAUGCCUUAAGCUUUAGCUUUCAUAUUUUUCAUAUUCUGCACUGGCUAGGUUUGUAGUUUUGAACUUCAUAUUAAGUGUUAGUGAGCUCUCU